AUGUCGGCAUCAGAAGAGUUAGAUGCAAAAAUAGCUGAACUGAAUCAAAUGAUGAAUAAUUGUACAAAUUUAAUUGGAGCGAUGUUUGGUAUGGCGCCCGAUGAGACAGAUGAGAUAGAUGAGUCACCAGUAUUGAAAUCAUUCGAUUUGCAUGGUGCUGUUGAAUAUAUGGCAAACUGUUCGAAUAUCAUCAUCAUGUCGGGUGCUGGAAUGUCGACAAGUGCUGGUAUUCCUGAUUUUCGUACGCCUGGUACUGGACUCUAUUCUCGGCUUGAAAAGUACAAUCUUCCAAAUCCACUGGCAAUAUUUACAUUGGACUUUUUUCGUGAAAAUCCGAAACCAUUUUUCUUACUGGCCAAGGAACUUUAUCCAAACAAUUUUAAACCAACACCAGCUCAUCAUUUUAUUCAACUUUUGAAUGAAAAAGGCAAAUUGCUACGAGUAUUCACACAAAACAUUGACUCAUUGGAAAGAGUUGUCGGCAUUCCGCCGGAAAAGAUCGUCGAAGCUCACGGAACAUUUUUCACGAAUCAUUGUUUGGAUUGUCAAAAAGAAUAUUCGUUAGAUCAUGUCAAAGAGAUUAUUUUCAAUGAUGAGAUACCUCACUGUGACGAAUGUUCUGGCAUCAUCAAACCAGAUAUCGUCUUUUUUGGUGAAAAUCUUCCCAAACGAUACGGUGAAUGUGUUUCGACCGACUUUCCUCAAUGUGAUUUUCUAAUUAUUAUGGGAACAUCACUUCAAGUGGCACCAUUCAAUACACUGAUAACCAGAGUCAAUAAAAAAUGUCCUCGCUUACUGAUCAAUAUGGAACCUGCUGGUAAUGCUGCUGUAGCAUGGGAGCCAUUAACAAACGUCUUGAAGUUCGAUUCAGAGAAAAAUUAUCGUGAUGUUUUUCAUAAAAGCAGUUGUGAUGAUGGCGUCGCUGAAAUGACAAAACUGCUUGGCUGGCAGAAUGACUUCGAAAAAUUAUUGGGAAAAAAGACGGUCUCGCAAUCAAGCAAAACAUUACUACCGAAGAAUGCCAUUGCAACUCCAACGAUACGCUCACCAGUAACGACGAAUAACUCAAAAUCUACAAAAGCUCAAACGACAGUAACCGGUGCGGGCUCGGUAUCGAACUAUAAUAGUAAUGCACGAAGAAAUUCAUUACCUCAGAGAGUAACACCUUCAAAUAGAUCGUCUUCACCUAUUAAAAGCGUCAAGAACAAUAAGACAGAAAAAAAAUAA